AUGCAAGGUGGCUAUGAUAAACUGCCGGGCUCAAGCACCGGCCGGUUCGGCCAGGGACUCAAGAAGAGUGCAAUGCUCGCCGCGGGCACUCUAGCGUUCGCGGCCAUAGCGUGGCGAACGACUGGCGACGGGUCACUCGGGAUGUUUCAAGCGCAGGAGACUCCGAAGUGCGGGAGGAUUGAGCCAUUGAGGCCUCGCUUCAAUAAGUCAAUCGAGAUGAUCUUCGAGGAUGCCAAAUUCCGGGAGGAAUCGCUGGCAAAGCUGAGCGGCGCCGUACGCAUCCCUACAGAAAUCCAGGAUGUGAACCCGCAGCCCGCGGACGACCUGGACUACUACAAGGAGUUCUUCCGGUUCCACGAGUAUUUGAAGCAGACUUUCCCGCUCGUGCAUAAGCACCUAAAGCUGGAAAAGGUAAAUCACGUGAACCUUCUGUACACGUGGGAGGGCUCUGAUGCGUCGUUGGAGCCCAUGAUGCUCACAGCGCACCAGGACGUCGUCCCAGUGAACCCGGACACCGUUGACCAGUGGACGUUUCCACCAUUUUCCGGCCACUAUGAUAAUACCACGGAUUAUGUGUGGGGCAGAGGUACGGGCGACUGCAAAAACCUGCUGAUCGGAGAGCUCGAGGCCAUCGAGCUGCUGCUGAAGGACGGCUUCAAGCCGCGGAGAUCCGUCAUCGUGGCACUCGGCUUUGAUGAGGAGUCUUCCGGGAUCUUAGGCGCGAACACGCUGGGUGACUUUUUGUACGAGCGUUACGGUGACAACGGGAUUUACUCGGUGGUCGACGAAGGCGGCGGUGUCAUUCAACUAGGGAAGAAAGUGUUUGUUGCGGCACCCAUCACAGCUGAGAAAGGUUACGUCGAUAUCGAGGUGACUGUGAACGGUGUCGGCGGGCACUCGUCUGUGCCCCCCGACCACACCACAAUCGGGGUCGCCGCGAACAUGAUUUCACUGCUCGAAGCCAACCCCUUCGAGCCAACUUUCACCCCGAAGAACCCCAUUUACGGUUUGUUAACCUGCGCCGCCGAGCACGGCGACAACUUGCCAAGCUCCGUAAGAAAGGCAAUCCUGCAGGCUCCUCACGAUGAAAAGCAGAAGGAGAAGAUGGUCAGCUUCUUCAGCACCGACAAGCGCCUCCGCGACUUGAUGAGAACCUCCCAAGCUGUCGAUAUCAUCAGAGGCGGCAUUAAGGCCAAUGCGCUUCCCGAGGUCACGACCUUUUUGGUGAACCACCGUAUCGACGUUAACUCCUCCGUGAGCCAGACGGUCGAAAGAGAUCUCGCUCUCAUCAAGACCGUCGCCGAGAAGUUCAAUUACGGUUUAUUCCUCGCGGGCGAGGAGAUCAUUCCUCCCACAAAAUUUGGAUUCAUCGACGUUGAACCCCAGAAAAGCCUGGAGCCCGCGCCAAUCUCUCCGACCGUGGGGUCCCCUACGUGGGAUUUGUUCGCCGGCACAAUCCAGGACGUUUUCCAAAACGGACAUUUCAAGUACGACCCCGACACCGAGUUCUACGUCUCGACCGGGCUUGUCUCCGGUAACACAGACACCAAGUAUUACUGGCGCCUCACCAAGAACAUCUAUAGGUUCCUCGGGCUGGUGAUGGAAGCCGAUAUCAUGCGCACCAUUCACUCGGUGAAUGAGCAUAUUCGAAUGUCCGGCCACCUGUCCACAGUCGCUUUUGUUUACGAGUACAUUGUGAACGUGAAUGAGCAGGCAUAG